AUGAAAAGAAUAAAAAUUUCAAUAAUUUGUUUUAUUACUCUACUUCCAUUUUUAGGUCUAUGUUACCAAAAAAAAAUUAAAGCAACGCCAAAUGAGUUUAAAUACAGUAUAAGCGACUCAUUAUUUUAUUCGAAUUUGGAAAAAAACAAAGAAUUCAAAAAUUCUUUUAUCACCGAAUAUGAUAAAAAAAAAAAAAAAGAAUUAAAUAGUAUUAAAAAUUCCUUCAUUAGGAUUAAAAGUUUAACAAAGACUGAUGAUAUUUUAAGUGAAUGCAACAAACUAGUUAUAAAAAUAAAUGAAGACUUUGCUUCUUCAAGGAGUGCUUAUAUAACUUCAAUUUCUUAUAAAUAUUCGACUGCAUAUUUUUCGAAAUAUAAGGAUGCAUUUUUUAAUGAUUUGAAGAGAAAAGCGCAGGAAUUUUUUUCAUGUGAAAGAGAUAUCAUAACGUUCUAUAAAGAAAUUAAAAAGAAUAUAAGAGAAGAAUUAUUUAAUUUACUGCUACUUAAGGAAGACAAUGAAAAAAGAAGCUUAUAUGAACAAGAAUUGCAAAAACUCAAAUCAAAUAUACAAAAGUACCUAGAAACUUCAAGUUCAUAUCGUGAAAAAUGUAAAAAAAAAGAUGAUAGAGUUUAUAAUUAUUUAAGAAAUCGUUUAUUUUAUAAAUUCUGUAAUAUUCAUAACUGCCAUUAUAAUACAUGCUAUUUUAAAAAGUGUAGUGAAGAAGCAAAUAAAGAAUAUUCAAAAGUUUUAAAUAAUUGUAAUAUAAAAAUUUCAGCAAUUAAAAGUUCUAAUGAAAAUUUUUUAGAAGAAGUUAACAAUUUUUUAAACUCUACUAGAGUAAAAAUACUUAUGGAAGAAACUAUAUUUGAAAAAAUUAGAAAUUCCUUAAUGCUAAUAAUUGGAAAUAUUAGUGAAAUUCGCGAUGAUUACAAAAAUUAUUUAAAACUUGAAAGUGAAUACUAUGACAAGUUUCAAAAUUAUUACAAACGCAAAGAGAAAGAAAAUAUUCUUACAGGAACUAUUGGGUAUGUUUUUACCCACUCUUUACAUCAAUGUAUAGGAUAUUUCAAUUAUAAUCAAUGGAACUCUAAAUUAAUAAGAAAUUUUUAUCAAGAAAAAAGAAAAUUUGAUAAUACCUUUAAAAAAAUAUUACAAGAAUUGGCAGAAUAUAUAAAAUCAUUAGUUUAUCCUAAAAAUAUAGAGGAAAAAAGCUCACAAAUUUUUUCGGAUAAGAAUGAUAUAUAUCAACAUAAAAAUGGUAUUAUUGAUGAAAAUUUUGAAGAAUUAGAACGUUUAUCGUAUAAAUAUAUUUCUCCAGAAAUUUCCAACAUUAUAAGUGAACUUAAUAAAUUAUAUGCAAAAGCAAAUACAUAUAAAAAAGAAUUAAAAGAUAUAUAUGAUUUAUUGGAUAAUAAAUUUAAGUCUAUUAUAAGCAAUAAAGAUAAUGUAGAAAAAAUAAAAAUAACAAUACCACUAAAUGAUUUAGACAAACUAAUGGAUAAUAUACAUGAUGUUUUUGAUAAAAAAAAAAAAAUUGAAAAAAUAAUAGAUUCAGCAAAUAGUGAAUUUGAAGAACUCAAAAGUAGGUAUGAAGAGUUAAAAAAAUUAAAAAUUGAAUUCGAGAGUUUAAAGGAACAAAUAAAAGCAAAAGCAGAUUAUUAUAAUCAAAAGAUUAUAGAAGAAAUAAGAAGAUUCAUAAGAGAAAUAAAUAAUAAAAAAAUUAAUUUAAAGGAAAUUAUAGGUUUUAAGGAGAAUUCUAGAAAGGAUCUUGAAAUAAUAGAGAAAUUUAUAGUUGAAACAUCCUUUAAUGAUAAAGCAUAUAUACAAAAAAAACAAGAAGAAGAUGAAAAAAUGAACUUAAUUCUAAAAAAAUUAUUCGAUGACAAAAAAUUGGAAAAAAUAGUUGAUAAAAUAUCACAGUUUUUAACUAAAAAAGAAUCAUUAAAAUAUGAGGAUUAUGAUAAUGAAAAUCUUAAUAAUAUAUUAAAAGAGUUACUUGAAAAGUUUUCAGAAAUAGAUAAAAUACUUAAUGAUGCUACAAUUAUCAUGAAUGAAGAAGCGACACCCACAUUAAAGAACAUUAUGAAACUUAAGAAUGAUAUAAUAACUAAUUCAAUUAAUGAUUUAUACGUAAAAAUAAAAAAUUCAUUUGAAAAUUUUAAUAUUAUUACAAAUUCUAUAUCUGAAGAUAUAGAUGAAUAUGAAAAAGAAAAAGAAAAGUUUAUAAAUUAUGAAAGUGGUUUAACAAAAAAAAAAAAUGAAUUUUUGAACAAUAUAAUUGAGAAAGAUAGUGAUAUAUAUGAGGAAAACAUCAGUAAUUAUCAGGAAUUAUUACAUCUUGAAAGUAUAAAUUCUAAUAAAAAAAAUAAAAUAGAGAAGCAUAUUAAUGAUAAAAAAAAUAUCAUAAAUACUAUUAAAGAACAUCUGGAAUUAUAUGAAAAAGUAAAAAAAUAUACUGAUAUGUCCGAAGAUGCCAAAACUGUGAGUAAUCUUAAAAUUUAAAAAAAAAAAAUUGAUAAAACAAAUAUAGAUAAAAAAUUAAAUGAUAUUCAGACAAGGUUUAAUAUAGAAACAUAUUUUAUAGAUAAUAGUAUAAAAAAUAUUGAAUUAUUAAAAGAAAUUAUAGGAAGUGUUCAAAUUUUAAACAAAAUUAUAAAUGGAUCUAACAAUAGUAUCACUUCAAUUAAUGAUUUAAGAAAUAGCUCAUAUUCAUUAAAAGCUAAAAUUUCUGUAGAAUUUACUACAAUAAGCAAAGAAAGUUAUAUAAAAGAUGAGGUAAAAAAUAAGUUUUUAAGUCAAAUAAAAAAUGAAGAAAAUAAAGUGAAAGAUGCAAUAAAAAUAGCUGACAAAUUAGAAUUAAAACUAAAUAAAACAAUAGAAUCAUCUAAAAAUUUAAAAAAAGAAGUCGAUAAUUCUGUUACUGUAGAACAUGUAAAAGGAUAUAUAAAUGAUAUAUCAAGUGAAGAAACUAAUUUAACUGACAUUGUAGAUAAUAUAAGUAAAAUAAAGUUGUCAAUUGAGGCAUUAAAUGUGGAAGUUGAUAAUACAAUGGAUAUGAUAAAUGAGGAAAUUUCAGAAGUAGUUCAUAAACUUAUAAUUAAAUUACACAAGGAAAUAAAUGAUGGUGUGCAAAAAAGUUCAGUAAUUAUAGAAGAAAGAAGAUUAGAAAGUUUUAUUAUCCAAAGUGAUAUGGAAAAUUUUAAAAAAGGAAAUUAUAAGGAAAAUACAAAAAUAAUAUCAAAGAGCAUUAUAGAUCUAAUGAGUAAAAUUCAUAUACAUAAAAAUAAAAUUAUGCAGGUACAAGAAAAAUCCCGAAGUAAAUUUGAAGAAUCUAAUGAGAAAAUGAAAAAUAUGGGAAAUCCAAAGGAUAAAAAGGACAAUAUGAAGGAAAUUUAUGAAGAAAUGAAAAAAAUAUUAGAAGAAUUUUAUGUAGUAACAAAAGCAUCAGAACUUUUAUUAGUAGAUAUAAAAAAAAAAUUUACAGAAUUAGUUGAAAAGAAUGAUAAUAAGAAAAAAAAUAAAUUUGGUAGUGCAAAAGUUAAAAUAGCAGGAGGAAUGUUAGGUGGUCUAUUAGUAAGUUCUUUUUUAAUUCUUGCUGCUUUUUAUAAAAGAAAUAAUAAGGAAGAUGAUACUGAUAGAAAUGCAAAAUAUGAAGAAUAUACUAGUGAUAAUGAUUUAUUUAAUUCAAUUGAACGCAAUGAAGCUACUGAGGCAACGUUUUUGGAAGAUGAUAACAUCUAG